CCUCACUGGUCACCUUCUCAAAGUAAAUGGUAACACUAAAACAAGGGCAUACAUUAAGAUUUUUUGGAGGACAAGAUCUUCCGAGAGCCCUGUCCCAACAGGCAGCAUUGCACAAUACCCUGCAUUGGGGAGGAGCAUGAGUGUCAGGGAUGAGGUGUGUCGAUGCACCUGAAAAACGUGAACACGGAAAACACUGGCAGUGUUGGAUGUAAGCCGGAUGUAGCCUACAGCCCUGUCGGUAUGGGUAAAUUUGGAAACAGGGACAAGGAUACAUCCUUGGAUGAUAGUGGGCUGACCCACUGCAAGUUUGUCCUGGUCUUUGCCGUGCUGAUGGACCUACUCGGUGUUGCAGCUCUACUGACUGGUGUCUUUGCCCCUCUGGAGAUCAAAGGCAGAGACUUUGGUGACUUGUUGGUGUACUCCGGGGCUCUGCUGAUCCUGCUCUCCAUGGGAGGUUGGGUGAUGUGGUACAGUGGAAACAUCGAGGGUCUGACUGUUGGCAAAGAGCUCACCUACACACGAAGCGCGGUGGAUCGCCUUGCCCACUCACUCAGCCGUCGCAUACGCAGGCCGCACAGGAGCCAUACUGAGCCAUAAGUGGGGGUUGGGACUUCUCCCUAACAGACAACUUAUGGCAACAUGAAUACGUCUAGGCCUACGGGGAGGUGGAAGUCUACAUGAAGCUUUGGGUGGAGAGGGAAGAGCUGGAGGACAUUAGCGAACCAGGACUGAGUGACUUCUGACUUCAUUAGAAAUGUGUAGCCCACCUUUGAUUUCAUCGUGCCAUUAAUUAUUGCACUGAAAUACAAUUAAAAAUGAAAUACUUAUUUUUUGGCAUUGCCAUACCUAGAUUGCAAUGCUGUGCAUAAGUAUUGUAUUUCUGACUCUAUGAAUGUGUAAACGUGACAAGAUGCAGAUUUAAAUAUUGUGUGUUUAUUAAAGGAAAAAGCCAUUGUGUUUGAUUUUGA